UCCCCUCCCAAUCAUGUGAUUCAGGUGUUCCAAUCCCCUCCAUAUCAUGUGAUUCAGGUGUUCCAAUCCCCUCCAUAUCAUGUGAUUCAGGUGUUCCAAUCCCCUCCAUAUCAUGUGAUUCAGGUGUUCCAAUCCCCUCCCAAUCAUGUGAUUCAGGUGUUCCAAUCCCCUCCAUAUCAUGUGAUUCAGGUGUUCCAAUCCCCUCCCAAUCAUGUGAUUCAGGUGUUCCAAUCCCCUCCAUAUCAUGUGACUCAGGUGUUCCAAUCCCCUCCAUAUCAUGUGAUUCAGGUGUUCCAAUCCCCUCCAAAUCAUGUGAUUCAGGUGUUCCAAUCCCCUCCAAAUCAUGUGAUUCAGGUGUUCCAAUCCCCUCCAUAUCAUGUGAUUCAGGUGUUCCAAUCCCCUCCCAAUCAUGUGAUUCAGGUGUUCCAAUCCCCUCCCAAUCAUGUUAUUCAGGUGUUCCAAUCCCCUCCCAAUCAUGAUUCAGGUGUUCCAAUCCCCUCCAUAUCAUGUGAUUCAGGUGUUCCAAUCCCCUCCCAAUCAUGUUAUUCAGGUGUUCCAAUCCCCUCCCAAUCAUGAUUCAGGUGUUCCAAUCCCCUCCAUAUCAUGUGAUUCAGGUGUUCCAAUCCCCUCCUAAUCAUGUGAUUCAGGUGUUCCAAUCCCCUCCAUAUCAUGUGACUCAGGUGUUCCAAUCCCCUCCAUAUCAUGUGAUUCAGGUGUUCCAAUCCCCUCCCAAUCAUGUGAUUCAGGUGUUCCAAUCCUCUCCAUAUCAUGUGAUUCAGGUGUUCCAAUCCCCUCCAUAUCAU